AUGACGACAGUGAGCUACUUGAGCCAAUUACUCCAGAGCCACAUCAAUCCCGGAGGCCUAUGGGAUACUCGCAAGAGCAGCUCAAUUCCAUGUCGCAAUCUGUUUUACAAAAGUCGAGCGCAGGAUUUGAAUCAGCUACGGUCAAAACAAAUCGGAAACAACGUGGAUCGCAUUCGGCACGAUUCGGUUGGAGAGCAGUCACCGAAGCCCGUACAACGUGAACAGAGAUUUCUGUCGCCAAAACUCGAUCCAGCGGAAUUUCUGAAGAUGGUCUCCUGGCAAGCACCUACACAGUCCGAACAGCGGACGAGUUCAACCCCCGCCUCGGAUAUCGCAGAAACUGUGCGUUCAUGGUACAAUCGUCAGUCUCGUCGGCGAUUGUUCAUCGCAUUGGUGAUACUGAUUACAGUGCUGCUCGCUAUCGCCAUCGUGAUAACGCUUGUGUUUCUCUUCGCUUUCCAAAAGGAUCGUCAUGAUCACGGAUUUACGCCCGUCACUAUGAUGACAGCUCCAUCGCCAACGGUGACACCCUUUCCCUACCCACCUGGAUAUGUCGUCGGCACGUCGAGUUACUAUGUUCCACUGGGUGUCGUGACAAGUCUGGUUCCUGACACGCGAGACUUCCGAUUCAGAAACCGUUUGCUGUCUUACGGUAACGACACUAUGUCGUUGUUCAACAGCACGGCAGUGACGAGUAUUUCCUUUCACCUCGACAGCGGCAGCUGUUCAUCGUGCACCCUCCUAGCGGCAGACGAUUCUUGCACUAACGGUAUUGGCCACCAUUGCAAUCGCUCGCAAGCAAUCUACUGCUGCUCAAAAUGCGGAAGUGUGGCAAAUUUCUGUCAUGUGAAAGGAACUGUUUUCGAGUUCUCUGACGAUCUGCUAGAAUCUCGGAUUUCCUCUGAUGCUAGGACACUACUCAUCACCACCGCUUCCCAUACCAAUUCUUCGUUGUGCAUGCUACAAAUUCAUCGCAUCAGGGUCGACGGAUUCACCUUUUCUGGACCGAUUGAAAUUUGUGCCUUUUCAGCAUCAGAAAGUGAACUAUCAGGCGGAGGCACCAUCUUGACUACGACGACUUUCUCACCAGAAUCUGCAAAUUUGGCAGACAUUUUGACAAUUGUAGACUCUGAAGGAGGGGUACCAGGAAAAGGUGCACCUCAGGACUGGUCACCUAGUGACUAUGAAGAAAUAAUGGAGCUCGAACAUCCCGAGUACCUCUCUGACAUGUCUUUCAGGCCUAAUUCCCAACUAGAGCGUAUACAUUAA